GUUGAUUUUAAGGGAGCCAGAGGAAUGUCCUCGUUGAACCGCAUCACUUCCUUCCUGGGACCAUCAGGGAACCUCCCCAGCCUUUCAAGAUAGGAUCUGCUCUGAAAGGUCAGCGGGGCAGUGGAAACCCCAGGCAAAAGUUAGCAGCCGGUGCAGCGAAUCUCCUUCCCGGCGAUCUUGGCCAUUUCUUUCCUCCUCGACCCCGAGAGGUGGACCCCGUGGAAAAGCUCCCGGAGGAGGGUCACGGAAAAGCUUUGCUGCUGCGGAGAGACGCCGGAGGCCAUGCAUCUGCAGGAGGUGCCUGAGUUUAUUUAAGAGGAUAAUCUUGAAGCAGAGGACGAAAAAGAGCUGGUUGGAUCUCUGGAGAUCUCCUUACUGGCUGCUGUGAGAGCCUGGGGCUUGUCCAUGACUCAGUGGAUCUAGAGAAGUUCAAGUAUGCUUUCUGGAGUGGCGUAGGGCUGCACUGCGUUAGUCAGUCGAAGAGUCUCCAGGGCUGGUUCCACGCCAAGGUGGGGCCAUGGCAGCCUCCAGGACAGCCUCAAGGGCUUCUCGGGACAUUACCAAUGUGAUGCAAAGACUGCAAGAUGAACAAGAGAUCGUACAAAAACGUACUUUUACCAAAUGGAUCAACUCUCAUCUGGCCAAGCGGAAACCCCCGAUGGUGGUGGACGAUCUUUUUGAAGACAUGAAAGAUGGUGUGAAGCUGCUGGCUCUCCUGGAAGUCCUGUCUGGGCAGAAACUGCCGUGUGAACAAGGACGCCGUAUGAAGCGAAUCCACGCCGUGGCGAACAUUGGCACGGCACUCAAGUUUCUCGAAGGAAGGAAGAUAAAAUUAGUCAACAUUAACUCCACUGAUAUAGCAGAUGGCCGACCCUCCAUAGUUCUUGGAUUGAUGUGGACUAUAAUUCUAUAUUUCCAGAUUGAGGAGUUGACCAGCAACCUGCCGCAGCUGCAGUCUCUGUCCAGCAGCACGUCCUCCGUGGACAGCAUGGUCAGCUCUGAGACUGCCAGCCCCCCGAGUAAACGGAAGGUGGCCACCAAGAUCCAAGGAAACGCCAAGAAGACUUUGUUAAAGUGGGUUCAGUGCACAACCUCCAAGCAGAUGGGGAUAGAAGUAAAAGACUUUGGACGCAGUUGGAGAAGCGGAGUUGCCUUUCAUUCGGUUAUCCAUGCCAUUCGACCGGAACUAGUGGACUUGGAGAAGGUGAAAGGAAGGUCUAACCGAGAAAACCUGGAGGAGGCUUUCACUAUUGCUGAAACAGAGCUGGGAAUCCCAAGACUCCUGGAUCCAGAAGAUGUUGAUGUGGAUAAGCCAGAUGAGAAGUCUAUUAUGACCUAUGUAGCCCAGUUUCUCAAACAGUAUCCUGACAUCCACAGUACAGGUGCUGAUGCACAAGAGAACGAUGAAAUAUUUCCAGGUUUCUCAUCUUUUGCAAAUUCUAUCCAAAUUCUUAAGAGAGAAGAUAGGCUAAUUUUGAAGGAAGUGAAAGUUUGGAUAGAACAAUUUGAAAGAGAUUUGACAAGGGCACAGAUGACAGAAUCAAAUUUGCAGGAUAAGUAUCAGUCAUUUAAGCACUUCAGAGUUCAGUACGAAAUGAAAAGGAAACAGACUGAACACCUAUUACAACCAUUACAUAGAGAUGGCAAACUGUCACUUGACCAAGCCUUGGUAAAACAAUCCUGGGACAGAGUGUCCUCCAGGCUCUUCGAUUGGCAUAUACAACUGGACAAGUCUCUUCCUGCACCUCUGGGUACCAUAGGGGCCUGGUUAUACAGAGCAGAGGUGGCCCUGAGAGAGGAAAUAACCAUUCAGCAGGUUCACGAGGAAACGGCCAACACAAUACAGCGGAAACGUGAGCAACACAAGGAUCUGCUUCAAAACACAGAUGCCCACAAAAGAGCAUUCCAUGAAAUCUACCGGACCAGGUCUGUUAACGGGAUCCCCGUGCCACCUGAUCAAUUAGAGGACAUGGCCGAGAGGUUUCAUUUUGUUUCCUCCACAUCAGAGCUUCACUUAAUGAAAAUGGAAUUUCUAGAAUUAAAGUACCGUCUGCUCUCACUGCUGGUUCUUGCAGAGUCAAAGCUGAAGUCUUGGAUCAUCAAGUAUGGGAGGAGAGACUCCGUGGAGCUGCUUCUGCAAAACUACAUCUCUUUUAUAGAAAACAGCAAGUUCUUUGAACAAUAUGAAGUGACAUACCAGAUCUUGAAACAGACAGCUGAGAUGUACGUCAAAGCUGAUGGCUCAGUGGAAGAAGCUGAGAAUGUGAUGAAAUUCAUGAACGAAACCACUGCCCAGUGGAGGAACCUCUCGGUGGAAGUCAGGAGCGUGCGGAGCAUGCUGGAAGAAGUCAUUGCCAACUGGGACCGAUACGGCAAUACUGUGGCUAGUCUUCAGGCUUGGCUAGAGGAUGCUGAGAAAAUGCUAAAUCAAUCAGAACAUGCCAAAAAGGAUUUUUUUCGGAAUUUGCCUCAUUGGAUACAGCAGCACACGGCCAUGAAUGAUGCCGGCAACUUUCUAAUUGAAACAUGCGAUGAGGUGGUCUCCCGUGAUCUCAAACAGCAGUUGCUAUUGCUAAAUGGACGAUGGAGGGAGUUGUUUAUGGAAGUCAAGCAAUAUGCCCGAGCUGAUGAAUUGGACAGAAUGAAGAAAGAAUACACAGAUUGCAUUGCUACCCUGUCUGAUUUUGCAACAGAAGCCCAAAGGAAACUUUCGGAGCCCUUAGAAGUCUCGUUAAUUAAUGUCAAGUUAUUAAUUCAAGACUUGGAGGAUAUUGAGCAGCGGGUGCCUGUCAUGGAUGCUCAAUAUAAGAUGAUUACAAAGACAGCACACCUCGUUAGCAAAGAGUGCGCCCAAGAAGAAGCGAACGAGAUGUUUGCGACCAUGUCUGGGCUCAAAGAGCAGCUAACCAAGGUCAAAGACUGUUACUCCCCACUCCUUUAUGAGUCUCAGCAGCUGUUGAUUCCAUUGGAGGAAUUAGAAAAGCAGAUGACGGCCUUUUAUGACUCACUUGGGAAAAUCAAUGAGAUUCUAGCAGUUCUUGAGCACGAGGCACAAUCUAGUGCUGUUUUUAAACAGAAGCAUCAGGAACUGUUAGCUUGUCAAGAGAGCUGUAAGAAAGCCAUGAUGCAAAUUGAGAGAGGCAGUCAUAGUGUUCAAAAGCCUGUGACCUUGAGCAACGUGUUAAAGCACUUCGAUCAGACAAAGCUACAGAGACAAGUUGCAGAUGUGCAUGUUGCUUUUCAGAAUAUGGUAAAGAAAACUGGAGACUGGAAGAAACACAUGGAAACCAACAGCCGCUUGAUGAAGAAAUUUGAGGAGUCUCGAGCAGAGUUGGAGAAGGUGCUAAGGAUUGCUCAGGAGGGCCUGGAGGAAAAGGGGGAUCCGGAAGACCUCCUGAGGAGACACACAGAGUUUUUCAGUCAGCUGGAUCAGAGGGUGCUCAAUGCUUUCCUGAAAGCUUGUGAUGAACUCACCGACAUUCUCCCUGAGCAGGAGCAGCAGGGCCUGCAGGAAGCUGUCAGAAAGCUCCAUAAACAGUGGAAGGAUCUUCAAGGAGAGGCGCCAUAUCAUUUGCUUCAUCUGAAGAUCGAGGUGGAGAAGAAGAGGUUCUUAGCGUCUGUAGAAGAGUGCAAAGCUGAGCUGGGGCGAGAGACCAAGCUGGUGGCCCAGGAAGGGAGCGAAAAGAUCAUCAAAGAGCACAGGAUCUUUUUCAGUGACAAGGGUCCCCAUCAUCUCUGUGAGAAAAGGUUACAGCUCAUUGAAGAGCUGUGUCUAAAACUCCCGGUCCGGGAUCCAGUCCGGAACACACCUGAGACCUGUCACGUGACUCUCAAGGAGCUCCGGGCUGCCAUUGACAGCACCUAUGCGAAGCUGAUGGAAGACCCGGACAAGUGGAAGGACUACACUAGCAGAAUUUCUGAGUUCUCCGCUUGGAUAUCUGCAAAGGAGACCCAACUGAAGGGGAUUAAGAACGAGGUCAUCGAUACUGCCAACCACGGAGAGGUGAAACGUGCGGUAGAGGAGAUCAGAAACGGUGUUACCAAAAAAGGCGAGACUCUCAGCUGGCUGAAAUCCAGGCUUAAAAUUUUGACUGAAGUUUCUUCUGAGAAUGAAGCCCAAAAGCAAGGAGAUGAGCUGGCAAAAUUAUCCAGUUCCUUCAAGGCUCUCGGGACUUUGUUGUCAGAGGUUGAAAAGAUGUUAAGCACCUUUGGAGACUGUGUCCAGUACAAAGAAAUAGUCAAAAGUUCCCUUGAGGAGUUAAUCACUGGCUCUAAGGAAGUUCAGGAACAAGCUGAGAAGAUCCUGGACACUGAAAAUCUGUUUGAAGCACAGCAGUUACUUCUUCAUCACCAGCAAAAGACAAAGAGGAUCUCUGCAAAGAAGAAGGAUGUUCAGCAGCAGAUUGCGCAGGCUAGGGAGGGAGAAGGUGGGCUGCCCGGCCGAGUCCAAGAGGAGCUGCGGAAGCUGGAGAGCACCCUGGACAGCGUGGAGCACAGCCGGGAGAAGCAGGAGCGCCGCAUCCAGGUCACAUUAAGAAAAUGGGAGAGAUUUGAAACAAACAAAGAGACAGUGGUCAGAUACCUUUUUCAAACAGGUUCCAGCCACGAGCGCUUCUUGAGUUUUAGCAGUUUGGAAAGCUUAUCUUCAGAAUUGGAACAGACAAAGGAGUUUUCUAAGCGAACCAAAGGCAUCGCAGUCCAGGCUGAGAAUCUUGUGAAGGAAGCUUCAGAGAUCCCACUUGGGCCCAAGAAUAAGCAGCUGCUUCAGCAGCAGGCCACGUCAAUCAAAGAGCAAGUCAAAAAAUUAGAAGACACCCUUGAAGAAGAUAUUAAAACCAUGGAAAUGGUGAAAAACAAGUGGGAUCAUUUUGGCAAUAACUUUGAGAGCCUGUCCGUCUGGAUAACCGAGAAAGAAAAGGAACUCAAUGCCUUGGAAACUUCAUCGUCUGCCAUGGACACACAAAGCAACCAAAUUAAGGUCACAAUUCAGGAAAUAGAAUGUAAGAUCAGCAGCAUUACAGGACUAGAAGAAGAAGCUCAGUCUUUUGCUCAGUUUAUUACCACUGGAGAAUCUGCUCGAAUAAAAGCCAAGUUAACACAAAUAAGAAGAUACUGGGAAGAACUCCGGGAACAUGCACAGUGUCUGCAAGGAACAAUCCUGGGACAUUUAUCUCAGCAGCAAAAGUUUGAAGAGAAUCUUAAAAAGAUCCAGCAGUCUGUGUCUGAAUUUGAAGAUAAACUUGCCGAGCCAAUUAAAAUAUGUUCUUCAGCUACAGAAACAUACAAAGUUCUCCAGGAACAUAUGGAUCUCUGUCAGGCCCUGGAAUCGCUGAGCAGCAUGGUGGCCGCUUUGUCAGCCAGCGCCAGGAAGGUCUCUCACGGGGACUCCUCGGGCCAGGAGGCAGCGGCCCUGCAGCAGAGCUAUGAGGGUCUGCUGUGCCGGGCGAAGGAGAGGCAGACGGCGCUGGAGAAGCUGCUGGCCCACUGGCAGAGGUUGGAGAAGGAACUGUCAACCUUUUUGACUUGGUUAGAACGAUGCGAAGCUAUAGCCAGUUCCCCAGAAGCAGACAUUUCUGCAGACCGAGUCAAAGUGGAGAGUGAACUUCAGUUAAUACAGGCCCUGCAGGAUGAGGUUGUAUCCCAGGCCUCCAUCUACAGCAACUUAUUACAAUUAAAGGAAUCCCUGUUCUCGGUGGCCUCCAAAGAUGAUGUGAAAGUGAUGAAACUCCAUUUGGAGCAGCUGGAUGAGAGAUGGAGAGAUUUGCCACAGAUAAUUAGCAAAAGGAUUAACUUUCUUCAGUCUGUGGUUGCUGAACACCAGCAGUUUGAUGAGCUGCUGCUUUCCUUUUCCGUCUGGAUUAAGCUGUUCCUCAGUGAAAUACAAACUACUUCUGAGAUAAACGUCAUGGACCAUCAGGCAGCUCUUACUCGGCACAAGGACCACGCAGCAGAAGUAGAGAGCAAAAAGGGAGAACUGCAGAGUCUGCAGGGCCACCUAGCGAAGCUGAGUGCUCUGGGCCGCGCGGAGGACCUCCCCCUCCUGCAGGGCAAAGCAGAGGACUGCUUCCAGCUGUUCGAGGAGGCCAGCCAGGUCGUGGAGAGGCGGCAGCUGGCCCUGUCCCAACUGGCUGAAUUCCUGCAGAGCCAGGCCUCUCUGUCGGGGGUUCUCCACCGUCUGAAGCAAACGGUGGAAGCAACCAACAGCAUGAACAAGAAACAGUCCGCCUUAUUGGAAAAGGACCUCAGUGAUGCUAUUCGAGAGGUGAAAACCUUAGAAUCGACGGCCAUCAGUCUUGACGGCCUCCUUACCAAAGCCCAAUACCAUCUCAAAGGCGGGAGUUCCGAGCAAAGGACUUCCUGCAGAACUACCGUCGAUCACCUCUGCUUCGAAUUAGAGAGGAUCCAGAACCUUCUGGGAACCAAGCAGAGUGAGGCAGAUGCCCUGGCAGUGUUGAAAAAAGCAUUCCAAGAUCAGAAAGAGGAGCUGCUGCAAAGCAUUGAGGACAUCGAGGAGAGGACCGACCGAGAGCGGCUCAAGGAACCCACCCGUCAGGCUCUUCAGCAGAGAUUGAGAGUCUUCAAUCAGUUAGAAGAUGAACUGAAUUCUCAUGAGCAUGAACUAUGUUGGCUGAAAGACAAAGCCAAGCAAAUUGCUCAGAAAGAUGUAGCCUUUGCACCUGAAGUCGACCGGGAGAUCAACCGCUUAGAGGUCACCUGGGAUGACACCAAAAGACUAAUUCAUGAAAAUCAGGGUCAAUGCUGUGGACUUAUUGACUUAAUGAGAGAAUAUCAGAAUUUGAAGUCAGUUGUAUCUAAAGUCCUAGAAAACGCCAGCAAUGUGAUUGCAACCAGAACUACUGUAAAAGAUCAGGAGGAUCUUAAGUGGAUUUUAUCCAAGCAUGAAACUGCCAAGAAUGAAAUGUGUAAUAAACAGAAAGAGUUGGAUAACUUUACCAGUAAAGGAAAACAGUUGUUGUCUGAGCUGAAAAAAAUUCACAGUGGUGAUUUCACCUUGGUGAAAACAGACAUGGAAAGCACUGUGGACAAAUGGCUGGAUAUAUCAGAGAAAAUUGAGGAAAACAUGGAUAGGCUGAGGGUGAGCAUGUCCAUCUGGGAUGAUAUACUUACGAGUAAAGAUGAGAUCGACGGUUGGUCCAACAAUUCUGUGCCACAGGUGGCCAAAAGCAUCAGCAAUCUGAAUAACAGCCUCAGAGCAGAAGAAUUCCUGAAAGAAUUUGAGUCUGAGGUUAAAAAGAAAGCAUUGAGAUUGGAAGAACUUCAUUCCAAAGUUAACGAUCUUAAAGAAUUAACUAAAAAUCCAGAAACGCCACCAGACCUUCAGUUUAUAGAAGCCGACUUGAGGCAGAAGCUGGAGCAUGCCAAAGAAAUUACAGAGGAAGCCAAAGGGACCUUGAAAGCGUUCACUGCUCAGAGUGCACAAGUGGAGAAGUUCAUUAGCGACAUAGCGACCUGGCUGACAAAACUAGAAGACUCCCUGAUGAACUGCGCCCAAACUGAGACUUGCGAAGGGCUGAGAAAAGUGAAGGAAAUACAAAAAGAGCUUCAAAGUCAGCAAAGCAACAUCAGCUCCACCCAAGAAAAUCUCAAUAGCUUGUGCCGCAAGUACCACUCGGUGGAGUUGGAGAGCUUGGGCAGUGCGAUGACUGGGCUGAUUAAGAGAUACGAGGCUGUGAGCCAGUCUUGCUCCAAGACACAGGCCAGCCUUCAGGAGUCACUGGAAAAACACUUCCAUGAGUCUAUGCAGGAAUUUCAAGAAUGGUUUUCUGGAAUAAAGGCAGCGGCAAAGGAAUCAUCAGAUAGAACCGGGGACAGCAAAGUUCUCGAGGCAAAGCUCCAUGAUCUCCAGAACAUUUUGGAUUCAGUCAGUGAUGGGCAGAGCAAGCUUGAUGCCGUGACUCGAGAAGGACAAACUUUGUAUGCGCAUUUGUCUAAACAAAUCGUCGGUAGCAUUCAGGAACAAAUUACAAAGGCUAACGAAGAGUUUCAAGCAUUUCUGCAACAGUGCCUUAAAGACAAACAAGCUCUUCAAGACUGUGCUUUGGAACUUGGGAGCUUUGAAGAUCAGCACAGAAAACUGAACUUAUGGAUCCAAGAAAUGGAUGAAAGAUUAAGCACGGAAAAUUUAGGAGAGCGUAAGCAGCACAUUCCUGAGAAGAAAAAUGAAGUCCAUAAAAUUGAAAUGUUCCUGGGAGAACUACUGGCUGCAAGAGAGUCUGUGGACAAGCUUUCCCAGAGAGGGCAGCUUCUCAGUGAAGAGGGCCACGGCGCCGGCAAAGAAGGACGCCUGUGCUCCCAGCUCCUCGCCAACUACCAGCACUUACUCCGAAUGACCAAGGAGAGACUCCGCAGCUGCCAGCUGGCCCUGCAGGAGCACGAGGCCCUGGAGGAGGCGCUGCAGAGCAUGUGGUCCUGGGUGAAAGACAUGCAGGACAGGCUGGCCUGCGCAGAGAGCACGGCGGGGAGCAAAGAUGCCUUGGAGAGACGGCUGUUACAAGUGCAGGAGAUUCUCCUGAUGAAAGGGGAAGGAGAAGUUAAGCUGAACAUGGCCAUUGGCAAAGGGGAACAGGCCUUGAGGAGCAGCAACAAGGAAGGUCAGCAGGUGAUUCAGACUCAGCUACAGACCCUUAAAGACGUCUGGGCAAACAUCAUGAGCUCCUCCGUCCAUGCUCAGAGCACAUUAGCAUCUGUGAUUAGCCAAUGGAAUGACUAUCUAGAGUGGAAAAACCAGUUGGAGCAGUGGAUGGAAGAAGUGGAUCAAAAAGUAGAACAUCCUUUGCAACUGCAGCCUGGUCUGAAAGAGAAGUUUUUGCUUCUGGACCAUUUUCAGUCCCUAGUAUCGGAGGCAGAAGAUCACGCUGGAGCCCUGCAGCGGCUUGUUGCCAAGGCCAGGGAGCUUUACCAGAAGACUGAGGAUGAGUCAUUCAAGGAGACCGCACAAGAGGAACUGAAAACACAGUUUAAUGACAUAAUGACAGUUUCUAAGGAGAAAAUGAGGAAAGCAGAAGAGGUCGUGAAAGAUCAUCUCAUGUAUUUAGACGCAGUCCAGGAAUUCACAGAUUGGCUCCAUUCGGCAAAAGAAGAACUUCAUCGGUGGUCAGAUAUGUCUGGAGAUUCAUCAGCCACCCAGAAAAAGUUAUCUAAAAUUAAGGAGCUGAUGGAUUCCAGAGAGGUUGGUGCAAGCCGCCUAAGCCGAGUGGAGUUGCUGGCCCCUGCAGUGAAACAGAACACAACUGCCGGUGGCUGCGAGCUCUUGGACACAGAGAUGCAGGCCCUGCGUGCUGACUGGAAGCAGUGGGAAGACAGCGUAUUCCAAACGCAGACCAGCUUGGAGAACCUGGUGAGCCAAAUGGCCCUCUCGGAGCAGGAAUUCUCGGGCCAAGUGGCUCAACUGGAGCAGGCCCUGGACCAGUUCGGUGCCCUCCUGACAAGCUGGGCUCAACAGUUAGCUCUCCUGGAAGGCAAGAACACUGAUAAGGAGAUCGUGGAAUGCUGGCAGAAGGGACGGGAGAUACUGGAUGCUCUACAAAAAGCAGAGCCUCAGACAGAGGAUCUCAAGUGUCAGCUGAAUGAACUGUGUCGAUUUUCCAGAGAUCUCAGUACAUACAGUGGAAAAGUUUCCGCCUUGAUUAAAGAAUAUAAUUGUCUUUGUUUACAAGCAUCCAAAGGCUGUCAGAAUAAAGAACAGAUUUUACAGCAAAGAUUCCGAAGAGCCUUCAAGGAUUUCCAACAGUGGUUGGUUAAUGCAAAAAUCACUACUGCCAAAUGUUUCGAUAUACCUCAAAAUAUUAAUGAAGUUUCAACAAGUCUUCAGAAAAUACAGGAAUUUUUGUCAGAAAGUGAAAAUGGACAACACAAACUGAACACAAUGGUUUCCAAAGGAGAACUUUUGAGUACUCUAUUGACCAAAGAGAAAGCGAGUGGCAUCCAGGCCAAAAUUGCAACUGCAAAAGAAGAUUGGAAAAAUUUUCAUUCAAAUCUGCACCAAAAGGAAUCUGCUCUGGAGAAUCUAAAGAUCCAAAUGAAGGACUUUGAAGUCAGUGCUGAGCCUGUGCAGGAGUGGCUGAGUAAAACCGAGAAGAUGGUGCGUGAAAGCAGCGAUCGCCUGUAUGAUCUGCCAGCGAAGAGGCGAGAACAGCAGAGGCUGCAGUCUGUCCUUGAGGAAAUAAACUGCUACGAGCCUCAGCUCCACAGGCUGAAAGAGAAAGCUCAGCAGCUGUGGGAGGGCCAAGCUGCCAGCAGGAGCUUUCUGCACAGAGUGUCCCAGCUGUCUUCUCAGUAUCUAGCGCUAAGCAAUUUCACCAAGGAGAAGGUGUCAAGACUGGAUAGAGUUGUGGCAGAGCACAAUCAGUUCUCCCUGGGGAUGAAAGAUCUGCAAGACUGGAUGACGGACGCGGUUCACAUGCUGGACUCUUAUUGCCACCCCACCUCGGACAAGAGCGUGCUGGACAGCAGGAUGCUCAAGCUGGAGGCCCUGUUAUCGGUGAAACAGGAAAAAGAGAUCCAGAUGAAAAUGAUAGUGACCAGAGGGGAAUCUGUCCUACAGAACACCUCUCCCGAAGGCAUUCCUGCCAUCCAGCAGCAGCUGCAGAGUGUGAAGGAUUUGUGGGCGUCCCUUCUGUCUGCAGGGAUCCGUUGUAAAAGCCAACUGGAGGGCGCUCUUUCCAAGUGGACCAGUUAUCAGGAUGAUGUUCGGCAGUUUUCCAGUUGGAUGGACGGCGUGGAGGCCCAGCUGAAUGACCCCGAAAGGCAGUACGCGGACCUGCGGGCGAAAACCGCCGCGCUCGGGAAGGCCAAGCUAUUAAAUGAAGAAGUGCUGAGUCACAGCAGCUUGCUGGAGACCAUUGAGGUCAAAGGAGCUGGCAUGACGGAGCACUAUGUCACCCAGUUAGAAUUCCAGGACCUGCAGGAACGAUACAACACAAUCAGAGAGCGGGCCAAGGAAGCAGUAACCAAGUUUGAAAAACUGGUUCGCCUGCACCAAGAGUAUCAGAGAGACCUGAAGGCCUUUGAAGCUUGGCUGGGCCAAGAGCAAGAAAAGCUUGAGCGACAUUCAGUUCUUGAAGGCGAUGCCCACACUCAUGAAGCAACAUUGCGGGAUCUUCAGGAGCUCCAGGUGCACUGCGCAGAGGGACAGGCCCUGUUGAAUUCGGUGCUGCACAGCCGAGAGGAAGUGAUACCUUCGGGCAUCCCCCAGACGGAGGACCGGGCUCUGGAGUCGCUGCGGCAGGACUGGCAGGCUUACCAGCAGAGGCUGUCUGAGACCCGAACCCAGUUCAACAACAUAGUCAAUAAGCUGAGACUGAUGGAACAGAAGUUUCAGCACGUAGAUGAGUGGCUAAAAAUCCUGGAGGAGAAAGUGAGUCUCCAGACUGGACGUCAGUCUACCCGGGCCGCCAAGGAGAUACAGUUACAUCAGAUGAAGAAGUGGCAUGAAGAAGUCACCGCUUACAGAGAUGAAGUAGAGGACGUGGGGGCCAGAGCACAGGAGAUCCUGGACGAGAGUCACGUGAGCAGCCGCAUGGGCUGCCAGGCCACCCAGCUGACCUCCAGAUACCAAGCCCUUCUCCUCCAAGUGCUUGAACACAUCACAUUCCUGGAGGAAGAGAUCCAGAGUUUGGAGGAAUCAGAAUUAUCCUUAAGUUCCUAUUCUGAUUGGUACAGCUCUACUCACAAAAACUUCAAAAACGUGGCUGCCAAAAUUGAUAAAGUCGACCAAGUGAUGAUGGGGAAAAAAAUGAAGACCCUGGAGGGUUUGCUAAAAGACAUGGAGAAAGGCCACAGUUUGCUGAAAUCAGCCCGAGAGAAAGGAGAGCGAGCUCUUAAAUACUUGGAAGAUGGUGAGGCAGAGGCCUUAAAAAAAGAGAUCCACGACCACGUGGAGCAAUUGAAGGAACUGACCAGCACUGUCCGGAAGGAGCACCUGACUCUGGAAAAAGGCCUGCAUUUGACAAAGGAAUUCUCAGAUAAAUACAAAGCACUAACUCAGUGGCUAGCAGAAUACCGGGAAAUCCUGCACAUUCCUGAAGAACCCAAAAUGGAAUUAUAUGAGAAGAAAGCUCAACUAUCUAAAUACAAGUCACUUCAGCAAACAGUACUGUCCCAUGAACCAUCAGUAAAAUCAGUGAGAGAGAAAGGCGAAGCCCUUCUGGAACUGGUGCAGGAUGUUACUUUAAAGGACAAGAUAGAUCAGCUUCAGAGUGAUUACCAGGACCUCUGCAGUGCAGGAAAGGCGCAUGUCUGCAGUCUGGAGGCGAAGGUCAGAGACCACGAAGAUUACAAUGGGGAGCUCCAAGAAGUGGAGAGGUGGCUGCUGCAGAUGUCGGGUAGGCUGGUGGCGCCCGACCUCAUGGAGACCAGCAGUCUAGAGACAAUCACCCAGCAGCUGGCCCACCACAAGGCCAUGAUGGAAGAAAUUGCUGGUUUUGAAGACCGUUUGAAUAACCUUAAAAUUAAAGGUGACAAUUUGAUCAGCCAGUGCGCAGACCACCUUCAGGCAAAGCUGAAACAAAAUGUACACACUCAUCUGCAGGGCACAAAGGAUAGUUACUCAGCAAUCUGCAGCACAGCCCAGAGGGUGUACCAGAGUUUGGAACAUGAACUUCAGAAGCAUGUUAGCCGACAAGACACGCUGCAGCAGUGCCAGGCCUGGCUUUCCGUGGUCCAGCCAGAUCUAAAGCCAAGCCCCCAUCCUCCUCUGAGCAGGGCAGAAGCUGUCAAGCAGGUCAAGCACUUCAGAGCUUUGCAGGAACAGGCAAGGACCUACUUAGAUCUCCUUUGCUCCAUGUGCGACUUGUCGAACUCUUCAGUGAAAACCACAGCAAAAGAUAUCCAACAAACAGAGCAAAUGAUUGAACAAAGGCUUGAGCAGGCGCAGAACUUAACUCAGGGCUGGGAGGAGAUCAAGCACAUGAAGGCAGAGCUUUGGAUUUACCUCCAGGAUGCCGAUCAGCAGCUGCAGAAUAUGAAGAGGAGGCACUCAGAACUGGAGCUAAAUAUUGCCCAGAACAUGGUGUCUCAAGUAAAGGAUUUUGUUAAGAAACUACAGUGCAAACAGGCAUCAGUGGCCACUAUCACAGAGAAGGUGGAUGAGUUAACCAAGAAGCAGGAAUCUCCUGAACAUAAGGAAAUAAGUCAUUUAAAUGACCAGUGGCUGGAUCUGUGCCUUCAGUCCAACGACCUGUGCUUGCAAAGGGAAGAGGAUCUCCAGAGGACACGAGACUACCACGGCUGCAUGAAUGUUGUCGAAGCGUUCUUAGAAAAAUUUACUACAGAAUGGGACAACUUAGCCAGAUCUGAUGCAGAGAGUACAGCUGUCCACUUGGAAGCUCUGAAAAAGUUAGCCUUGGCAUUGCAGGAGAGGAAGCAGGCUGUCGAAGAUCUGAAAGAGCGAAAGCAGAGAAUGAUAGAACAUCUGAACUUAGAUGACAAAGAACUAGUCAAAGAACAGACGAGUCACCUUGAGCAACGCUGGUUUCAGCUGGAGGACCUCGUGAAAAGGAAAAUCCAAGUGUCUGUCACCAACCUGGAGGAGUUAAACGUGGUUCGGUCCAGAUUUCAGGAGCUAACGGAGUGGGCGGAAGAGCAGCAGCCCAACAUCACCGAGGCCCUCAAGCAGAGCCCGCCGCCCGACAUGGCGCAGAGCCUGCUCAUGGAUCACCUUGCCAUCUGCAGUGAACUGGAGGCCAAACAGAUGCUCCUGAAGUCCCUCAUGAAGGACGCCGACAGGGUGAUGGCCGAUCUUGGCCUGAAUGAGAGGCAGCUGAUCCAGAAGGCGCUGUCUGAUGCGCAAAGGCACGUGAACAGUCUCGGCGACUUGGUGGGCCAGAGGCGAAAGUACUUAAACAAGGCCUUGUCCGAGAAAACCCAGUUUCUCAUGGCGGUGUUCCAGGCGACCAGCCAGAUUCAGCAACACGAGCGCAAGAUAAUGUUCCGUGAGCACAUCUGCCUGUUACCGGAUGACGUGAGCAAACAAGUUAAAACAUGUAAGAGUGCACAAGCCAGCCUCAAGACGUACCAGAAUGAAGUCACCGGACUUUGGGCCCAGGGUCGCGAAUUCAUGAAAGGAGCCACAGAGCAGGAGAAGAGCGAGGUGCUGGGGAAGCUCCAGGAAUUGCAGAGCGUCUAUGACACUGUUUUGCAGAAGUGCAGCCAUCGGCUACAGGAACUGGAGAAAAAUUUGGUUUCUAGGAAGCAUUUUAAAGAAGAUUUCGAUAAAGCCUGUCACUGGCUAAAACAAGCAGACAUCGUUACAUUUCCUGAAAUCAACCUCAUGAACGAGAGUGCUGAGCUCCAUACCCAACUGGCCAAGUACCAGCACAUUCUAGAACAAUCUCCGGAAUAUGAAAAUCUCCUCCUGACACUGCAGAGAACCGGACAGGCCAUCCUGCCAUCGCUGAAUGAAGUCGACCAUUCCUAUCUCAACGAGAAGCUCAACGCCCUGCCCCUGCAAUUUAAUGUCAUCGUCGACCUGGCCAAAGACAAGUUCUAUAAAAUCCAAGAAGCGAUCCUUGCUCGGAAGGAAUACGCUUCCUUGAUUGAGUUGACAGCCCAGGCUCUGAGUGAACUCGAAGACCAGUUCUCAAAGAUGAGCCAAGUCCCCACCGACCUGAGCGUCCAAGAGGCCCUGUCUCUUGAGGAAGGUUGCCGCGCUCUCACGGGAGAGGUGGUGGGCCUGGCAGAAGCAGUGGAUGAACUGAACCAGAAGAAAGAAAGCUUCCGCAGCACAGGUCAGCCGUGGCAGCCAGACAAGUUGCUGCCUCUGGUCACCCUGUACCACAGGCUGAAGCGACAGGCGGAACACAGGGUGAGCUUGUUGGAGGACACCACCAGCGCUUAUCAAGAGCACGAAAAGAUGUGCCAGCAGCUAGAGAGGCAGCUGGAGGCUGUGAAGACGGAGCAGUCCAAGGUGAAUGAGGAGACGCUUCCUGCCGAGGAGAAGCUCAAAUUGUAUCACUCCCUGGCGGGAAGCCUCCAGGAUUCAGGAAUUCUGCUAAAACGAGUGACGGUGCAUCUUGAAGAUCUUGUCCCGCACCUCGAUCCCUCGGCAUACGAGAAAGCCAAGCAUCGGAUCCAGUCCUGGCAAGAGGAGGUGAAGCUGUUGACGUCUGCCGUGGGCGCCACGGUGACCGAGUGCGAGAGCCGCCUGGUGCAGAGCCGAGACUUCCAGACGGAGCUGAGCCGCUCCCUGGACUGGCUGAGGGGCGUGAGGGCAGAGCUGAGUGGGCCGCUGUGCCUGGACCUGAACUUGCGGGACAUCCAGGAGGAGAUCAGAAAGGUCCAGAUCCAUCAGGAGGAGGUGCAGUCCAGCCUGAGGAUAAUGACCGCCCUGAGUGACAAGGAGAAGGAGAAAUUCACGAGAGCCAAGGAGCUGAUUUCUGCCGACCUGCAGCACACGCUGACCAAGCUCUCGGAGCUGGACCGAGACGUGCAGGAAGCUCUACGCACCAGACAGGCUUCCCUGACUCAGAUAUACAGUCAGUGUCAAAGGUUUUAUCAAGUAUUUCAAGCAGCUAGUGACUGGCUUGAGGACGCUCACGAGAUGUUACAGCUGACAGGCAAUGGCCUAGACGUGGAGAGUGCAGAGGAAAGUCUCAGAAGCCACAUGGAGUUUUUUAGUACUGAGGAUCAGUUCCACAGCAAUCUGGAGGAGCUCCAAGGCCUGGUAGCCGACCUGGACCCUCUCAUCAAGCCAACUGGGAAAGAGGACCUCACACAGAAAAUGGCUUCUCUGGAAGAGAAGAGCCAGAGAAUGACACAGGAUUCGCAUGCCCAGUUGGAUCUCUUGCAGAGAUGUGCAGCUCAAUGGCAGGAUUACCAGAAAGCCAGGGAAGAAGUCACCGAACUGAUGAAUGAUGCAGAAACGAAACUGUCCGAGUUUUCUUUAUCGAAGACUUCUUCCAGCCAUGAAGCAGAAGAAAAAUUGUCAGAACACAAGGCUUUAGUGUCAGUAGUUAACUCUUUUCAUGAGAAAAUCGUGGCCUUAGAGGGUAAGGCUUCAGAACUGGAAAGAAUGGGAAAUGACGCCAGCAAAGCAACCAUCAGCAGAUCGAUGACGGCUGUCUGGCAGCGCUGGACUCGGCUCCGCGCUGUGGCCCAGGACCAGGAGAAGAUCCUGGAAGAUGCAGUGGAUGAAUGGAAGAGCUUUAACAAUAAGGUUAAAAAAGCCACUGAAAUGAUUGAUCAGCUGCAAGAGAAAUUACCGGGAAGUUCAGCAGAGAAAGCUUCAAAAGCAGAGCUCUUAACUCUUCUUGAAUAUCAUGACACACUCACUCUGGAGCUGGAACAGCAACAGUCAGCCUUAGGGAUGCUGCGGCAACAAGCAGUGAGCAUGCUCCAGGAUGGGGCCCCGCCGGCCCCUGGAGGGGAGCCACCUGCCCUGCAGGAAAUCAUGGCAAUGCAAGACCGAUGCCUGAACUUGCAGGAGAAGGUGAAGCAGGAUGGAAAGGUAGUAAAGCAGGAGGUGAAGGAGCGAGAAGUGGUGGAGACCCAGAUCAAUUCAGUAAAAUCUUGGGUUCAGGAAACAAAGGAAUAUUUGGGGAAUCCAACCAUAGAAAUAGAUGCUCAACUUGAAGAACUUAAGGUUCUCCUAACAGAAACAGCACAUCACAGACAGAACAUGGAGAGAAUGGCUGAAGAACAGAAGAAUAAGUACCUUGGUCUUUAUACAAUAUUACCUUCCGAAGUCUCCCUUCAGCUUGCUGAAGUGGCCUUGGACCUAGGAACUAUCCAUGAUCAGAUCCAAGACAAAGUGAAAGAAGUCGAACAGAGCAAGGCCAUGAGUCAGGAAUUCAGCCGGCAAAUUCAGAAGAUAGCCAAAGAUCUCACAACUAUUCUAACCAAGCUGAGAGCAAAGACAGAUGACUUAGUUCAAGCUAAAACGGACCAAAAGCUGCUAGGAGAGGAAUUAGAUGGCUGUAACUUAAAGUUAAUGGAACUAGAUGAAGCAGUACAGAAAUUCUCAGAACAGAAUGGCCAACUGGGUAAACCACUGGCCAAGAAGAUAGGAAAACUGACCGAACUUCACCAGCAGACCGUGAGACAGGCUGAGAACCGGAUCUCCAAGCUCAGCCAGGCAGCAUUCCAUUUAGAAGAAUACAAUGAAAUGCUUGAGUUAAUCCUAAAGUGGAUUGAGAGAGCUAAAGUCUUGGUGCAUGGAAAGAUUGUCUGGAAUUCCGCGAGCCAACUUCGGGAACAAUACAUUUCCCAUCAGACCAUGCUAGAAGAAUCUGAAGAGAUUCACAAUGAUCUGGAAGCAAUGGCUGAGAAAUUACAGGCCCUCGAUAGCGUGUACCUUACAGAAAAAAUGUCUCAGCAAGUGGUGGACCUGGGCCGAGAGACUGAGGAGUUGCGGCAGAUGAUCAAAAUCCGUUUGCAGAAUCUCCAUGAUGCGGCCAAGGAUAUGAAGAAAUUUGAAACAGAGCUCAGAAACUUGCAAGUUGCUCUGGAGCAAGCCCAGACAACCCUGACUUCUCCAGAAGUUGGACGUCUUAGUCUCAAGGAGCAACUCUCUCACAGACAGCAUUUGCUGUCUGAGAUGGAGUCUCUGAAGCCUAAAGUCCAGGCGGUGCAGAUCUGCCAGAGCGCGCUCCGGAUCCCCGAGGAUGCGGUCACCAGCCUGCCGCUCUGCCACGCUGCCCUGCGACUGCAGGAGGAGGCCAGCCGGCUCCAGCACACCGCCAUCCAGCAGUGCAACAUCAUGCAGGAGGCUGUGGUGCAGUAUGAACAAUAUGAGCAAGAAAUGCAGCACCUCCAGGAGCUCAUAGAAGGAGCUCACAGAGAGAUCGAGGAUAAGCCUGUGGCCACCAGCAACAUCCAAGAGCUGCAAGCCCAGAUUUCUCGGCAUGAGGAGCUGGCUCAGAAAAUCAAGGGCUACCAGGAGCAGAUCGCCUCUCUGAACUCCAAGUGCAAGAUGCUGACCAUGAAAGCCAAGCACGCCACCAUGCUGCUGACGGUGACCGAGGUGGAGGGGCUGGCGGAGGGGACGGAGGACCUGGACGGGGAGCUCCUCCCCGCGACCUCGGCCCACCCCUCUGUGGUCAUGAUGACUGCAGGUCGCUGUCACACUUUGCUGUCACCUGUCACUGAGGAGUCUGGGGAGGAGGGAACCAACAGUGAGAUUUCUUCUCCACCUGCCUGUCGCUCCCCUUCACCUGUGGCUAAUACAGAGGCUUCUGUUAAUCAGGACAUCGCUUAUUACCAAGCCUUGUCUGCAGAGAGGUUGCAGACAGAAGCUGCCAGGAUCCCCCCCAGCACAUUGCCCUCACGGGAGCUCUACGAGCCGGGACUGGAGCCAUUGGCUACUGCUAAACUGGAUGAUUUGCAGCGCUCUUGGGAAACCUUAAAGAAUGUGAUCAGCGAAAAGCAGCGCACACUCUAUGAAGCGCUGGAGCGCCAGCAGAAGUACCAGGACUCCCUGCAGUCCAUCUCCACGAAAAUGGAAGCCGUCGAGAUGAAACUCAGCGAGAGUCUUGAGCAUGGCAGGAGUCCAGAGAGCCAGAUGGCCGAACACCAGGCUUUGAUGGAUGAGAUUCUCAUGCUCCAAGAGGAAAUCCGAGAGCUGCAGGCGGCCCUCGCAGAGGAGCUGGUGUCCGAGGCCCCCGAGUCCGACCCCGCGGAGCAGCUGGCCUUGCAGUCCACGCUCACCGUCCUGGCAGAGCGAAUGUCCACCAUCAAGAUGAAGGCAGCAGGGAAACGGCAGCUUUUGGAGGAGAAGUUAAAUGAUCAGUUGGAAGAACAGAGACAGGAGCAGGCCCUGCAGAGGUAUCGCUGUGAAGCCGACGAGCUGGACCACUGGCUCUUGAGCACGAAAGCCACUCUGGACAUUGCACUGGGAACACCCAAGGAGCCCAUGGACAUGGAGGCCCAGCUGGUGGACUGCCAGAACAUGUUGGUGGAAAUAGAGCAGAAGGUGGUGGCCUUAUCAGAGCUCUCAGUCCACAAUGAAAACCUGCUGCUGGAGGGCAAGGCACACACCAAGGAUGAGGCUGAGCAGCUGGCGGGAAAGCUGAAAACCCUCAAGGGCAGCCUCCUGGAGCUGCAGAGGGCGCUGCAUGACAAGCAGCUCCACAUGCAGCAGGGAACAGCCCAGGAGAAGGAGGAGACUGAUGCUGACCUGGCUGCCACUCAGAGCCCUGGGGUUCAGGAAUGGCUGGCUCAAGCCCGGACUGCGUGGACCCACCAGCGACAGAGCAGUCUCCAGCAACAAAAAGAGUUGGAGCAGGAAUUAGCAGAGCAGAAAAGCCUCCUCCGGUCAGUAGCCAGUCGUGGGGAAGAAAUUCUAACUCAACAUUCAGCUGCAGAGACUGCUGGUGGUGUUGGCGAAAAACCUGAUGUGUUAUCCCAGGAGUUGGGGAUGGAAGGGGAGAAGGCACCCGCUGAAGACCAGAUGAGAGUGAAAUGGGAAAGCCUACAUCAAGAAUUUAGCACCAAGCAGAAACUGCUUCAGAAUGUUCUGGAACAGGAACAAGAGCCAGUGCUUUACAGGCGGCCAAAUCGGCUCCUGCCUGGUGUGCCACUGUACAAAGGGGACGGGCAGGCCCAGGAUAAAGCUGCCGUGACAUCGUUGCUGGAUGGAUUGAACCAGGCCUUCGAGGAGGUUUCCUCCCAGGGUGGAGGGACAAAGAGGCAGAGCAUUCACUUGGAACAGAAGCUGUAUGACGGGGUCUCAGCUACCUCUACGUGGUUGGAUGACGUGGAGGAACGUUUAUUUGUUGCUACAGCACUUUUACCAGAAGAGACGGAAACGUGCCUCUUCAACCAAGAGACUCUUGCCAAAGAUAUCAAGGAAAUGUCUGAAGAAAUGGAUAAGAACAAGAACCUGUUUUCCCAAGCCUUUCCAGAGAAUGGUGACAAUCGAGAUGUUAUCGAAGACACUCUGGGUUGUCUUUUGGGCAGGUUGUCUUUGCUGGACUCAGUAGUAAAUCAGCGAUGCCAUCAGAUGAAGGAAAGACUUCAGCAAAUACUGAAUUUCCAGAAUGACCUGAAGGUGCUGUUUACAUCACUGGCUGACCACAAGUACAUCAUUCUGCAGAAACUGGCAAAUGUCUUUGAACAACCUGUGGCAGAGCAAAUAGAGGCAAUACAGCAGGCUGAAGAUGGGCUGAAGGAGUUGGAUGCCGGAAUCACUGAACUAAAAAGGCGUGGUGACAAGUUGCAGAUUGAGCAGCCUUCUGUGCAAGAACUCUCCAAACUCCAGGACAUGUAUGAUGAGCUGAUGGUGACCAUUGGCUCGCGGCGGAGUGGGCUGAACCAGAAUCUUGCGCUCAAGAGUCAGUAUGAAAGGGCCCUACAAGAUCUGGCGGACCUGCUAGAAACUGGACAAGAGAAGAUGGCAGGAGACCAGAAGAUUAUCGUCUCUUCCAAGGAGGAAAUCCAACAACUUCUUGACAAACAUAAGGAAUACUUUCAGGGCCUGGAGUCUCAUAUGAUCUUGACCGAAACACUCUUCAGGAAGAUAAUCAGCUUUGCAGUCCUGCAGGAAACUCAGAACCACACAGAGCUGAUGGCGCAGGCUUCAGCGGUGCUCAAGAGGGCUCACAAGAGGGGCGUGGAGUUGGAGUACAUUCUAGAGACAUGGUCCCAUCUGGAUCAGGACCACCGGGAGCUCCGCAGGCAGCUGGAGAUGGUGGAAAGCAGCAUCCCAAGCGUGGGCCUGGUGGAGGAGAGUGAGGACAGGCUCAUCGACCGGAUAACACUUUACCAGCACUUGAAAUCCAGCCUUAAUGAACACCAGCCCAAGUUAUAUCAGGUCCUAGAUGAUGGCAAAAGACUUCUCAUGUCUGUUAGCUGCUCAGAUCUAGAAAGUCAGCUCAAUCAGCUUGGAGAACACUGGUUAAAUGAUACCAACAAGGUGGCCAAGGAACUUCACAGACUGGAAACAAUACUGAAACACUGGACCAGAUAUCAAAGGGAAUCUUCAGAUCUAAUCCACUGGUUACAGUCUGCAAAAGACAGGCUGGAAUUUUGGACUCAGCAGUCUGUGACAGUCCCGCAAGAACUGGAAAUGGUCCGUGAUCAUCUGAACGCUUUUCUGGAGUUUUCCAAAGAGGUAGAUGCCAAAUCCACCCUGAAAUCAUCUGUUCUGAGCACUGGAAAUCAGCUCCUUCGAUUAAAGAAAGUGGACACAGCUGCCCUGCGCUCCGAGCUGUCACACAUCGAUAGCCAGUGGAAUGGCCUGCUGACCAAUAUCCCAGCCGUACAGGAAAAGCUCCACCAGCUCCAGAUGGACAAGCUGCCUUCUCGCCACGCCAUUUCUGAAGUCAUGGCUUGGAUUUCUCUCAUGGAAAAUGUUAUCCAAAAAGAUGAAGAGCAUAUAAAAAAUUCCAUCGGUUACAAGGCAAUUCAUGAAUACCUUCAGAAAUAUAAGGGUUUUAAGAUCGACAUUAACUGUAAGCAGCUGACAGUUGAUUUUGUGAACCAAUCCGUGCUCCAAAUCAGCAGUCAGGACGUGGAAAGUAAACGCAGCGAUAAGACCGAUUUUGCUGAGCAACUUGGGGCAAUGAAUAAAAGCUGGCAAAUCCUGCAGGGUCUAGUAACUGAGAAGAUUCAGCUGUUGGAAGGCUUGUUGGAAUCUUGGUCAGAGUAUGAAAAUAACGUACAAUGUCUGAAAACUUGGUUUGAAACCCAGGAAAAGAGACUGAAACAACAACAUCGCAUUGGAGAUCAGGCUUCAGUUCAGAACUCGUUGAAAGACUGCCAGGAUCUGGAAGAUUUGAUUAAAGCAAAAGAAAAAGAGGUGGAGAAAAUUGAGCAGAAUGGACUUGCUUUGAUUCAGAACAAGAAAGAAGAAGUUUCUGGCAUUGUCAAGAGCACACUGCAGGAGCUCAACCAAACCUGGGCAAAUUUGGACCACAAGGCUGGGCAAUUAAAGAUCCUGUUGAAGUCCGUGCUUGAUCAGUGGAGCCACCACAAAGUGGCCUUUGAUGAGAUAAACAGCUUCCUCACGGACGCCAGAUACUCUCUUUCUCGAUUCCGUCUGCUGACCGGCUCUUUAGAAGCUGUGCAGGUUCAGGUAGACAAUCUUCAGAAACUUCAAGAUGAUCUGGAAAAACAAGAGAAGAGCUUAGAGAAAUUCGGCUCUGUCACCAACCAACUGUUAAAAGAAUGUCACCCGCCUGUGACAGAAACGCUGACCAAUACACUGAAAGAAGUCACUAUGAGAUGGAAUAACUUGCUGGAAGAGAUGGCUGAGCAGCUGCACUCCAGCAAGGCCCUGCUUCAGCUUUGGCAACGAUACAAGGACUACUCCAAACAGUGCGCCUCUGCAGUUCAACAGCAGGAGGCUCGAGCCAAGGAGCUCUUGAAGGCGGCCACGAGCAAGGACAUUGCUGACGAUGAAGUUGCCACGUGGAUCCAAGAUUGCAACGACCUCCUCAGAGGACUGGGGACAGUGAACGAUUCCCUUUUCGUUCUCCAUGAGCUGGGAGAGCAACUCAAGCAACAAGUGGACGCUUCGGCAGCAUCAGCCAUUCAGUCUGAUCAACUGUCUUUGAGUCAACAGCUAAGUGCCCUGGAACAGGCUCUUUGCAAACAGCAGACCACGUUACAGGCCGGGGUUCUUGACUAUGAAACCUUUACCAAGAGUUUAGAAGCUUUGGAGGCCUGGAUAGAAGAAGCUGAAGAAAUCCUGCAAGGACAGGACCCUAGCCACUCCUCUGACCUCUCAACCAUCCAGGAAAGGAUGGAGGAACUUAAGGGACAGAUGCUAAAAUUCAGCAGCCUGGUCCCAGAUUUAGACCGUCUAAAUGAGCUUGGCUAUAGGUUGCCCCUGAAUGAUAAGGAAAUCAAAAGGAUGCAGAAUCUGAACCGGCACUGGUCUCUGAUCUCCUCUCAGACUACAGAAAGAUUCAGUAAGUUACAGUCAUUUUUGCUACAACAUCAGACUUUCUUGGAAAAAUGUGAAACAUGGAUGGAAUUCCUGGUUCAAACGGAACAGAAGUUAGCCGUAGAGAUUUCAGGCAAUUAUCAGCAUCUUUUGGAGCAGCAGAGGGCACACGAGUUGUUUCAAGCAGAGAUGUUCAGUCGUCAGCAGAUCUUGCACUCGAUUAUCACUGAUGGGCAGCAUCUUCUAGAACAAGGUCAAGUGGAUGACAGGGAUGAGUUCAACCUGAAAUUGACACUCCUGAGUAACCAGUGGCAGGGGGUGAUCCGCAGGGCCCAGCAGAGGCGGGGCAUCAUCGACAGCCAGAUUCGCCAGUGGCAGCGCUACAGGGAGAUGGCUGAAAAGCUUCGGAAAUGGUUGGUCGAAGUGUCCUAUCUGCCCACGAGUGGUCUCGGAAGUGUCCCCAUACCGCUGCAGCAAGCAAGGACCCUCUUUGAUGAAGUGCAGUUCAAAGAAAAAGUGUUCCUGCGACAGCAAGGCAGCUACAUUCUCACCGUGGAGGCUGGCAAGCAGCUCCUGCUCUCUGCCGACAGUGGCGCUGAGGCCACCUUGCAGGCCGAACUCGCUGAAAUCCAAGAGAAAUGGAAAUCAGCCAGUGUGCAUCUGGAGGAGCAGAAGAAAAAACUGGCCUUCUUGUUGAAAGACUGGGAGAAAUGCGAGAAUGGAAUAGCGGAUUCCCUGGAGAAACUGCGAACUUUCAAAAAGAGGCUUUCCCAACCCCUGCCAGAUCACCACGAAGAACUUCACGCUGAGCUCAUGCGUUGCAAGGAAUUGGAGAAUGCAGUUGGGAGCUGGACGGAUGACCUGGCACAGCUGACACUGCUGAAGGACACUCUCUGUGCCUACAUCAGUCCCGACGACAUCUCCAUCCUUAACGAACGCAUGGAGCUUCUGCAAAGGCAGUGGGAAGAACUCUGCCACCAGCUCUCCUUAAGGCGACAGCAAGUAAGCGAGAGAUUGAAUGAAUGGGCCGUCUUCAGUGAAAAGAACAAGGAGCUCUGCGAAUGGUUGACUCAGAUGGAAAGCAAGGUUUCUCAGAAUGGAGACAUCCUCAUUGAAGACAUGAUUGAGAAGCUCAGGAAGGAUUAUCAAGAGGAAAUUGCUAUUGCCCAAGAGAACAAAAUACAGCUCCAGCAAAUGGGAGAGCGACUUGCUCGAGCCAGCCACGAAAGCAAAGCCUCUGAGAUUGAAUACAAGCUCGGGAAGAUCAAUGACCGGUGGCAGCAUCUCCUGGACCUCAUGGCAGCCAGGGUAAAGAAGCUGAAGGAGACCUUGGUUGCUGUGCAGCAGCUGGAUAAGAACAUGAGCAGCCUGAGAACGUGGCUGGCCCACAUCGAGUCAGAGCUGGCCAAGCCGAUAGCCUACGAUUCCUGCAACUCCGAAGAAAUACAGCGAAAGCUGAAUGAGCAGCAGGAGCUCCAGAGAGACAUUGAGAAACACAGCACAGGCGUAGCCUCCGUCCUUAACUUGUGUGAGGUUCUCCUGCACGACUGUGACGCCUGUGCCACGGACGCCGAAUGUGACUCCAUCCAGCAGGCCACAAGAAACCUGGACCGGCGAUGGAGAAAUAUCUGUGCCAUGUCCAUGGAAAGAAGGCUCAAAAUUGAAGAGACGUGGCGAUUGUGGCAGAAGUUUCUGGAUGACUAUUCUCAUUUUGAAGAUUGGCUCAAGGUUUCAGAAAGGAUAGCUGCCUUCCCCAGCUCCUCUGGAGUGCUCUAUACAGUUGCCAAGGAAGAACUAAAGAAAUUUGAGGCUUUCCAGAGGCAGGUCCACGAGACCUUGACCCAGCUGGAACUGAUCAACAAGCAGUACCGUCGCCUGGCCAGAGAGAACCGCACUGACUCCGCCUGCUGCCUGAAACAGAUGGUUCACGAAGGCAACCAGAGAUGGGACGACCUGCAGAAGCGCGUCACCUCCAUCUUGCGCAGACUGAAGCAUUUCAUUGGCCAGCGGGAGGAGUUUGAGACUGCCCGGGACAGCAUCCUGGUGUGGCUGACAGAGAUGGAUCUGCAGCUCACUAAUAUUGAGCAUUUUUCCGAGUGCGAUGUUCAAGCUAAGAUAAAGCAGCUCAAGGCCUUCCAGCAGGAAAUUUCCCUGAACCACAGUAAGAUCGAGCAGAUAAUUGCCCAAGGAGAGCAGCUGAUAGAAAAGAGCGAACCCCUGGAUGCGGCGGUCAUUGAAGAGGAGCUGGAUGAGCUCCGGCGUUACUGCCAGGAGGUCUUCGGGCGCGUGGAAAGAUACCAUAAGAAACUGAUUCGCCUGCCCCUCCCAGACGAUGAGCACGACCUCUCUGACCAGGAGCUGGAGCUGGCUGAGGCUGAGGCUCUGUCGGACCUCCACUGGCGUGACACCCCUGCGGACAGCGUGCUCUCCCCGCCACCUUCUUCCAACCCCUCCCUCUCACUCGCCCAGCCCCUCCGGAGCGAGAGGUCCGGGAGAGACACCCCGGCCAGUGUGGACUCCAUCCCUCUGGAGUGGGACCAUGACUAUGACCUCAGCCGUGACCUGGAGUCUGCUGUGUCCAGAACUCUGCCCUCUGAGGACGAAGAGGGCCAGGAGGAGAAAGAUUUCUACCUCAGGGGAGCCGUUGGCCUCUCAGAUGUAAUGAUCCCCGAAAGUCCUGAGGCCUAUAUUAAACUCACAGAAAGUGCCAUCAGAAAUACCUCUGGGGAUCCCAGCGCCUUAGAGUCGCCGAUCCGACAGCUGGGCAAAGCCCUGGAUGACAGCCGCUUUCCGAUGCUUCCUGCGGAGACUGCCCUCCGCAGCAAGACCCCCCCAGGACCGGAGCUAGACUCCAGCUACAGAGGUUACAUGAAGCUUCUGGGCGAAUGCAGCGGCAGUAUAGACUCCGUGAAGAGACUGGAACACAAGCUGGCAGAGGAGGAGCAGCAUUUUCCCGGCUUUGUUAACCUGAACAGCACUGAAUCCCAAACAGCUGGUGUGAUUGACCGCUGGGAGCUCCUCCAGGCCCAGGCCCUGAGCAAGGAGCUGAGGAUGAAGCAGAACCCCCAGAGGCGGCAGCAGUUCGACUCGGACCUGAACAGCCUCCUGGCCUGGCUGAGGGAGACGGAGGAGGAACUGGAACAGCUCCAGCGCCUGCAGCUCAGCACCGACAUUCAGUCCAUCGCACUCCAAAUCCAAAAGCUCAAGGAGCUACAGAAAGCCGUGGACCACCGGAAAGCCAUCAUCCUCUCCAUCAAUCUGUGCAGCUCUGAGUUCACUCAGACUGGCAGUGAGGAGAGCCAGGACCUGCAGGAUCGCUUGUCCCAGAUGAAUGGGCGCUGGGACCAUGUGUGCUCCCUGCUGGAGGAGUGGCGGGGCCUUCUCCAGGAUGCACUGAUGCAGUGUCAGGAUUUCCAUGAGAUGAGUCAUGGUUUGCUCCUUAUGCUGGAGAACAUCGACCGAAGGAAAAAUGAAAUUGUCCCUAUUGAUUCUCACCUUGACGCAGAGACACUUCAGGACCAUCACAAACAGCUUACGCAAAUUAAACGUGAGCUUUUGGAAUCUCAACUCAAAGUGGCCUCCCUGCAAGACAUGUCGUGCCAGCUGUUGGUGAAUGCUGAAGGCACAGACUGUUUAGAAGCCAAAGAAAAAGUCCACGUGAUUGGAAAUCGGCUCAAACUUCUCUUGAAGGAGGUCAGUCGUCAUAUCAAGGAGUUGGAGAAGCUAUUAGACGUGUCAAGCAGUCAGCAGGAUCUGUCUUCCUGGUCUUCUGCUGAUGAACUGGACACCUCGGGAUCUGUGAGUCCUACGUCAGGAAGAAGUACCCCAAACCGACAGAGAACGCCACGAGGCAAAUGUAGUCUCUCCCAGCCUGGACCCUCUGUCAACAGUCCACAUAGCAGGUCCAUAAAAGGUGGCUCCGAUUCCUCCCUUUCUGAGGAUCGGCCAGCUCGGUCCGGCCGCUCCUUCCUGUUCCGAGUGCUCCGUGCGGCUCUUCCCCUUCAGCUCCUCCUGCUGCUCCUCAUCGGGCUCGCCUGCCUCGUGCCAAUGUCGGAGGAAGACUACAGUUGUGCCCUCUCCAACAACUUUGCCCGCUCCUUCCACCCCAUGCUCAGAUACACAAACGGCCCUCCUCCGCUCUGAACCCAGCAGACGCCGCCUGCAGCACUGCUGGCUGCAGGAGGAGGAUUUGGCCAAGGGUAACCCCAAACUAGCAGAAAGAGGACCUGAGUCCUGGCGGAUGCCCUUGGUGUGGCAGCUUUAGCUCACCUCUGAAUCCCAGGUGCGCACAUCAUAGCUUCGGAGGUUAUGAUUAAAUGACGACAGGAGGACAGCAAGUAGAAACAGAAGGUCUGGAAGAGAUUUUAUUUGCAACCAAGCCUCGGCACUAAAGAGAUUAAGGACCUCCACAGUUCCCUGGACGUGUGAACUCCGGGCCUUUGGCCCAUUCCCUGCACGCCCGGGGACUUCAGCAGACCCUGCGGGCAGCCUCCCGUGGUGCUGCUGCAUCCACUCAAUGAUGACGCUACCUGAGCACCUUGUCAGCAUCGAACAAUCUACCAGCCCACCAGUGCUGAAGAGGCUUUAGAGACCUGUGACCGACAGUUUUUAAGAGCUUAUAUGGCAGCUUCCUUUCUACCUUGUUUUCCUUUUGGGCAUGAUGUUCUAACCUUGCAAUAGAAGCACAAGCUGUAAAUCUAAAAAGCACUUUUUUAAAAAGAUAUAAAGAAAAAUUGGAUGUAAUAAAUAAGAUUGUGGAAGGCUUUAUGUGAAAAAAAAAGUUGAAUGUUAUAGUAAAAGAAAAAGAUAUUUAUGUAUGUACAGUUUGCUAAAGCCAAGUUUUGUUUGUAUCGAUUUCUUUGCAUUUAUUAUAGAUACUAUGAAAUA